GUCAGUAGCAACAAGUUCGGCUGUUGUGUUUCAGCGACUAUCAUGGACUGUAAUUAUGUACUUUUCCGUGCGAAUGUUAAGGAACUUAUAUUUCGUCAGCACUGAGGUUUGUUGCAGCUUGUUGACCCCUACAAGGGGUUAAGUUGGAGCCAUGAACACGUGCAGCCAGAUUCGUCUGCUGCUCUGGAAGAACUGGACGCUCCGCAAGAGACAAAAGAUUCGCUUCCUGGUUGAAAUUCUGUGGCCUGUGUUUUUAUUCAUUGGACUUGUGUGGCUACGAAGAGCCAAUCCCCUGUAUCGCCAACAUGAAUGUCAUUUUCCCAGCAAGGCUAUGCCCUCAGCGGGAAUCCUGCCUUGGAUUCAAGGGAUUUUCUGCAAUGCUAAUAACCCAUGUUUUCGCCAUCAAACUCGAGGAGAGUCUCCUGGGGUCGUUUCCAACUACCACAACUCCAUACUGGCACGGUUUUAUAAAGAUUCACAGGAGCUGCUGUUCAGCGACACUGAGAUCCGUCAGCUUGGCCGUCUGUGGCAUGAAGCCGCUAUCAUGAGCAACUUCAUGGAGACGCUGCGCACCAAUCCUGCGCUGGUGGCAGGUAAAGGACUGAAAGUAGAGCACAUUCUCAAGGACGACGAGAGUCUGACGUCAUUCCUCCUGCGGGACGCCGGGCUUUCAGAGGCUGUGGUGUAUGACCUUACAAACGCACAAGUGCGAGUGGAGCAAUUUGCAUAUGGAGUCCCGGAUCUGACUCUGAAAGAGAUCGCCUGCAGUCAGGCUCUUCUGGAGCGAUUCCUCAUCUUCCCCAGCCGUGGAGGGCUGUACGGUGUCCACAAUGCAAUGUGUGCCCUUUCCCAGCAAAGGCUGCAGAAGAUCGAGGACGUGCUGUAUGCCAACAUAGACUUCUUCAAGCUCUUACGAAUGUUGCCCAUGGUGAUGGAUAACCACUCGCCCGGAAUAGACCUGCAGUUCUGGGGUCGAGUGCUUUCAGCAUUGUCCGGCAAGCUUCAGGAGCUUGCAGAGAGGCCGAGCUCCCAGGACUUGAUGCGGGUCUUGUACCCCAUCUUGCAGGCCGGGGGUCCCUCGUCCUUAAGUCAGCUGAUGUCCACUGUGUCGAAUCUGUUCUGCGGAUACCCUGAGAGUGAGAUCACACAGGUUUUCUCCUUUAAUUGGUAUGAGGACAACAACUACAAGGCUUUCCUAGGCAUCAACAACUCAAGAGGACAUGACAGCUACACCUAUGACAGGACAGCAACUCCAUUCUGUAAUGCACUGAUGCAGAACCUAGAGUCGAACCCUGUUACGAAAAUCAUGUGGAAUUCAGUGAAGCCUCUGGUGAUGGGGAAGAUCUUGUACACCCCAGACUCCCCAACUGUCAGGAAGAUAUUAAAGAGUGCCAACACUACUUUUGAGGAGCUGGAGAGGUUGCAGAAAAUGGGGAAGGUCUGGGAAGAGGUGGGACCACAGCUCUGGGAAUUCUUUCAGAACAGCGUCCAAAUGAACAUGAUACGGGACACACUUAGAAACCCCACAGUGAUGGACUUUUUGGACAGGCGUCUUGUAGAAACACAGUUCUCAACCAAAGACAUUCUUAACUUCCUGCACAAUGGCCCAGAGCAGGAUAGAUAUAUGAACAUGACAAACUUUGACUGGAGAGAUGUCUUCAGACUGGCUGAUCAGACUAUUCGAAUGUUCAACCAGUACAGUGAGUGUAUAGGUCUGGAUAAGUUUGUGGGUCACAUGGAUGAGAAUCUGAUGACCCAUCAAGCUCUGCACCUGUUGGGGGAGAAUAAGUUCUGGGCAGGUCUGGUCUUCAUGGACAUGUACCCCUGGACCACAGAUCUGCCCCGCCACGUCAAGUUCAAGAUCCGAAUGGACAUUGAUGCAGUGGAACGUACCAACAAAAUUAAAGACAGGUACUGGGACCCUGGCCCAAGGGCAGACCCUGUGGAGGACCAUCGCUACAUCUGGGGAGGUUUUGCCUACCUGCAGGACAUGAUUGAACAUGGAAUCCUCAAGUUACACACAGGUCAUGACUGGCCUCUAGGUGUUUACCUGCAGCAAAUGCCCUACCCCUGCUACGUGGAUGACAUGUUCAUGCUGACCCUAAACCGCUGUUUCCCCAUCUUCAUGGUGUUGGCCUGGAUCUACUCAGUGUCCAUGAUUGUGAAGAGCAUCGUGCUGGAGAAGGAGAUGAGGCUAAAGGAGACGCUGAAAGCCAUGGGCGUCUCUAAUGGAGUCAUCUGGUACACAUGGUUCAUUGACAGCUUCCUCAUAAUGGCUGCCAGCACCGCUCUGCUGACUGCCAUUAUCAUGGCUGGAAAAGUGCUGAAUUACAGCGAUCCCAUCAUCCUGUUCCUGUUUCUACUCACAUUCACUGUGGCCACUAUCAUGCAGUGCUUUCUGAUGAGUGUGUUCUUCAACAAGGCCAACUUGGCUGCAGCUUGCAGUGGCAUCAUCUACUUCACCCUCUACCUCCCUCACAUCUUCUGUUUCGCCUGGCAGGACCGCAUUACCAAGGAAAUUAAAUUAGCUGUGAGCUUUCUGUCUCCAGUGGCCUUUGGUUUUGGGACAGAGUAUCUGUCCCGCUAUGAAGAGCAAGGCUUGGGGCUGCAGUGGGACAAUAUUGGUACAAGUCCUCUGGAGGGUGAUGAGUACUCAUUCUUCACUUCUAUUCGCAUGAUGCUAUUGGAUGCAGUUGUCUAUGCUUUUUUGGCUUGGUAUCUCGACAACGUCUUUCCAGGCCAGUAUGGCAUCAGUCGGCCCUUUUAUUUCCCUCUACAGCCCUCAUACUGGCUAAGACCGACACCUGAAACCUCACAGGCUCCAGAUCCAGGCCCUGAGAAGCCUCUAGUAAAUAACGUGGAGAAGCAGGAGGAUGCAGAGCAUGGUGGCCUUUCGCCGGAACACAGGGAAUGCAAUGGUUCCCGCAACAGCAAACAAUGCAAGCACAAGGAGAAACGAGAGAAGAUGGAAAAAGAGAAAGAGCGAGAGGAACAGCUAAAAAUGCAGGAAGAGAUUCCACAGGAGGAUAUACAGCCUGUGCACACAGGGAAUCCGUUUUUAGAGCCAGAACCGGAGGGUCUGGUUGUAGGAGUGUCAGUGCGGGACUUGGUGAAGGUGUAUUCUAAGUACACAAGACCUGCAGUGGACUGUCUCAGCAUGACCUUUUAUGAGGGCCAGAUCACUUCUUUCCUGGGUCACAAUGGGGCAGGAAAGACCACCACCUUGUCCAUAUUGACCGGGUUGUUUCCACCCACUUCUGGAACAGCUUACAUAUAUGGGAAGGACAUUCGUACAGAAAUGGAUGCCAUACGACAAUCUUUGGGAAUGUGUCCACAGUACAACAUCCUCUUCAACCACCUGACAGUAGAGGAGCAUAUUCUAUUCUACUCUCUGCUGAAGGGACGUGACCGCAAGGAGGCAGAGCGGGAGGUUGAAAACAUGCUGAUGGACCUGGGACUGCCUCAUAAACGAGAUGAGGAAGCACAGAACCUCUCUGGAGGUAUGCAGAGGAAGCUGUCUGUGGCGAUGGCUUUUGUGGGUGGUUCUAAGGUGGUAAUACUGGAUGAGCCGACAUCAGGAGUGGAUCCAUACUCCAGACGCUCCAUUUGGGAUCUUCUACUCAAGUACCGAACAGGUCGCACCGUAAUACUUUCCACUCACCACAUGGACGAGGCAGACCUGUUGAGUGAUAGAGUUGCAAUCAUCUCUAAAGGGAAACUACAUUGCAGUGGAUCUCCUCUCUUCCUGAAAAACUGCUUUGGAGUGGGUUUCUACCUCACUCUGGUGCGUCGCAUGAAAGACCAGCGCAAGAAGGAGAAUGAGUGUGACUGUGCUUCUGAGUGUUCCUGUACCUGCUCCACCUGCACCAGAUAUAAAGAGGAGAGUCACACAUUACAGCCUGAGAGAAUACUAGAUGGGAACGUUGAGAGCAUCACUACUCUGAUUCAUCACCAUGUACCUGAGGCAAAACUGAUUGAAAUGAUUGGUCAGGAGAUGACCUAUCUGCUGCCAAAUAAGGGUUUUAAAUAUCGUGCAUAUGCCAGCCUUUUCAGAGAACUGGAGGAAACGUUAGGUGACAUGGGUCUCAGUAGCUUCGGCAUAUCUGACACAUCACUAGAGGAGAUCUUUCUGAAAGUUACAGCAGAUGGAGAGGCAGCCAACAGCUCUGUCACACCAGAGCAAUGGAUGCUACAACAGAGGAAAAAUGGCUUGAGAGACAGGGAAGCUGCGAGUAAUGUUGAAGAUGCUAAUGGUUUGGGGGGUCUACUGGAGUCUGACAACAGUGCUGGUAGAGCCUCCAAGCAGGUUAAAGGCUUCAGUCUGGUACUCAAGCAGUUCCACGCUCUUCUGAUCAAGAGAUUUCACCAUGCCACACGCAGCCACAAAGAUUUUCUUGCACAGAUUGUUUUGCCAGCCAGUUUCGUCCUUAUUGCUUUGGUCUUCACUAUGAUUGUCCCACCGUUUGGAGAGUAUCCCAGUCUGACCCUCACUCCGUGGAUGUAUGGACCGCAGUUUACCUUCGUAAGUAAUGAGCAGCCAUCGCAUCCAAAGAUGAGGCACUUCAUACAGACGUUGCUGAAAGAGCCUGGCAUGGGAACACGCUGCAUGGCAAAUCAGCCUUUGGAGAACCUCAUUACCUGCCUAAACACAAGUUCUGACUGGGAAGAUCCUCCAGUUUCUCCUGAGGUCCAAAACAUUUUAUUGAGUCCAGAGUGGAAUACAAGAAACCCCUCCCCUUCCUGUGAGUGCAGCACUGAUUCAAAGCUCACCAUGCUGCCUGUCUGUCCGGAUGGAGCUGGAGGACUGCCGCCACGCCAGAGAAAAGAGCCAACAGGGGACAUUUUGCUUGACAUGACAAACAGAAACAUCUCUGACUACUUGGUGAAGACGUAUCCCAAACUCAUCAAGACCAGCUUGAAGAGCAAAUAUUGGGUGAAUGAACAAAGAUAUGGUGGACUCUCUGUUGGUGGACAGCUGCCAAUUCUUGAUGUUGACCCUGAGGAGAUCCGGGCUGUUUUUUCCCAGCUUGGACGUAUGAUGAACAUUACAGGGGGCCCCUAUUCAAAGUCAGCCAUGAAUGAAUUUGGAACAUUCUUGCAUUUCAUGGAGAGUGAGUACAAUGUUAAGGUGUGGUAUAACAACAAAGGCUGGCAUGCUAUGGUGUCUUUCAUGAAUGUAGCAAACAAUGCCAUUCUCCGUGCUUACCUCCCACCUCAUGCCAAUCCAUCAGAGUAUGGCAUUACUGCCAUCAACCACCCGCUCAACCUCACCAAAGAGCAGCUGUCAGAGGUCACUGUUCUGACCACAUCAGUGGAUGCAGUGGUGGCCAUCUGUGUCAUCUUUGCCAUGUCCUUCAUCCCAGCCAGCUUCAUCCUCUACCUCAUUCAGGAACGUGUCACCAAAGCCAAGCAUCUGCAGUUUGUUAGUGGAGUCAGCCCUCUGGUCUACUGGGUCGCUAACUUUUUCUGGGACAUGAUAAACUACACUGUCAGCACGGCAAUGGUUGUGGGCAUUUUCGUGGGUUUUGAUAAGAAGUGCUACACAUCACCAACCAAUCUGCCAGCGCUGGUCGCUUUGCUUUCUCUCUAUGGGUGGUCAGUGACGCCCAUGAUGUACCCCAUGUCCUACAUGUUCAAUGUCCCCAGCACAGCGUAUGUGUCCCUUUCCUGUAUCAACCUUUUCAUUGGUAUCAACAGCAGCGCCAUCACCUUCAUCUUAGAGCUCUUUGAGAACAAUAGGUCCCUGCUAAUGUUUAAUGAGGUCUUGAAGAAAGUGUUACUGGUCUUUCCUCACUUCUGUCUCGGCCGAGGUCUUAUUGAUAUGGCCAUGAACCAGGCUGUGACUGACGUCUAUGCCCGAUUUGGGGAGGAGUUUACCAUGGAUCCAUUCAGAUGGAACUUUGUGGGGAAGAAUCUCUUCUGUAUGGCUGUGGAGGGUUUUGUGUAUUUCAUCCUUAAUCUGCUCAUCCAGUACAAUUUUUUCCUUGACCACUGGGUGACAGACUAUAGGAAGAGUCCUGUUAAAGAUGAAGAUAAUGAUGUAGCUCAAGAGAGAGAGCGCAUUUACAAAGGAGGAAACAAGAAUGACAUCCUUCUAAUCCGAGACUUGUCAAAAACAUACAGACGCAGAAAACGACCAGCAGUGGAUAAAAUCUGUGUAGGAGUUCCAGCAGGCGAGUGCUUUGGGCUCCUUGGUGUAAACGGUGCAGGUAAAACCACAACCUUUAAAAUGCUGACCGGAGACACAGAUGUGACAUCAGGGCAGGCGUCAGUAGCUGGAUACAGUAUUCUCACUAAUAUCCUGGAUGUGCACCAAAAUAUGGGCUACUGCCCUCAGUUUGAUGCUAUAGACGAGCUGCUGACUGGAAGGGAGCACCUGUACCUGUACGCCCGUCUCCGCGGGAUCCCUGAAUCUGAGAUUAGCAGAGUUGCAGAAUGGGGCAUUCAGAAGCUGGGACUGUCUGAAUAUGCAGAAAACUGUGCUGGUACCUACAGCGGUGGCAACAAAAGAAAGCUUUCUACUGCUAUUGCUAUGAUUGGCUGUCCUCCUCUAGUGCUCUUGGAUGAGCCCACCACAGGAAUGGACCCUCACUCCCGUCGGUUCCUGUGGACCGCCAUUCUGAGUAUCAUCCGUGAUGGGAGGGCAGUCGUUUUGACAUCUCACAGUAUGGAAGAAUGUGAAGCUCUUUGUACUCGUUUGGCCAUCAUGGUCAAUGGGACGUUUAAGUGUCUGGGCACAAUCCAGCAUUUGAAAUACAAGUUUGGAGGUGGGUACGUAGUCACGAUGAAGAUUAAAGCUGAAAAACCAGGCAUGCCUCCUGACCUCGUCCCGGCCGAGUCCUUCAUGGAAAGCAGCUUCCCAGGAUGUAUACAACGAGAGAAACACUACAACACCUUACAAUACGAAAUCGCCGCCGCCUCACUGGCGCGAAUCUUCCAGCUGGUGUUGACCAACAAAGAGAGACUGAACAUUGAGGACUACUCUGUGUCUCAGACCACAUUAGAUCAGGUGUUUGUGAAUUUUGCCAAGCAGCAGUCAGUAGAGGAUGAUACUCAGCUCAGAGCAUCAGUGCCGAGACGAGAGAAAAAGGUCUCGCCGCUACGAAGAGUUGUGACGAAAAACAGUUAAAAUGAACUUAUAUGCUUCAGAAGGACUCACGGCUGUUCCUAAGUUCCUAAAGCCUUUUUAUAUAUGUAUUUAUACACAAAACCUUCUGUAUCCAUUUUAGGUUGUCAGUUUUGUUCAUUAAUAUAUAACAUUUUUUAACAUCUGCCCUCAGUCUAUAGCACUUUGAGCCAAAGGUCAAUCUCCAAAUUCACUGAAAGAAAAACCUCCACACAUUAAAGGAGGCACGGGCGAACUUGGUCCUGGAGGGCCAGUGUCUCUGCAGAGUUUAGCUCCAACCCUGAUAAAACUUGAUCGGGUUGGAGCUAAACACUGCAGGGACACCGGCCCUCCAGGACCGAGUUUGCCCAUGCCUGCAUUAAAGGGAUAGUUCUCCCAAAAAUGAAAAUUCUGUCAUCAUUUACUCACCCUCAUGUUGAUCCAAACCUAGGAGGUUUUUGCUUUGGAACAUAGAAUAGGAUAUUGUGGAUAUUGUGAAUAAUGUUAGAAACCAAACAGAUUUGGUUCCUAAUUACCUCCAUUAUAUGAACAAAAAAUACAGUGGAAGUCAAAGGAAACCAAAAUUAUGGAAGCCUGUUUCCACCACUGAAUAAAAAAAAAAGGUAAUUGUGACUUUUUAUCUCACAAUUCUGACUUUUUUCUGACAGUUGUGAGUUUCCAGCUCGCAAUUCAUUUUUUUGUCUUUGAAUUCUGUGAUACAAACUCAUCAUUUUGACUUUUUUUUCUCAGAAUUGCCAGUUUAUAUCUCGUAGUUGAUUUUUUUUUUCUCAGAAUUGUGAGUUUAUAUCUUGUAGUUGAUUUUUUUUCCUCAGAAUUACGAGUUUAUAUCUCACAGUUGACUUUUUUUUCUCAGAAUUGGAAGAUAUAAAUAGUGUUUUUGACUUUAGAUGUUACCGCAUAUGGAAGCCCAUUUCCGCCACUGAAUACAAAUUUUUAAAAAAGGAGAUAUAAACUAUGAGAUAUAAACUUGUAAUUUUGACUUUUUUUUUUCAACUUGCAGUUGCGAGAAAAAAGUAAGAACUGCGUUUUUUCUCGCAAUUCUGAUUUAAUUUCUAUAUAGAGAAUAAGAUAUAAAUAUAAAGAUAUAAACUAACAAUUGUCAAAAAAGUAAGAAUUGCAUGAUAUAAACUGACAAUUCUGACUUUUUUUCACAGAAUUGCAUGAUAUAAACUUGCAAUUUUUACUUUUUUUUCUCAGAAUUGCAUAAACUUGCAGUUGCGAGAAAAAAGUAAGAAUUGCAUGUUUUUAUCUCGCAGUUGACUUUUUUCUCUGAAUUGUGAGAUAUAAACAAGUAAUUGUGAGUUAUAAUGUCAGAAUUGUGAGAUAUAAACUCGCAUUGCGAAUUAUAAAGUCCGAAUUGUGAGAUAUAAACUCGCAAUUCUUUUUUUUUCCUCAAAAUUACGAGUUUAUAUCUCGCAGUUGAUUUUUUCUCAGAAUUACAAGUUUAUAUCUCACAAUUGACUUUUUUUUUCAGAAUUAGAAGAUAUAAAUAGUGUUUUUGACUUUAGAUGUUACCACAUAUGGAAGCCCAUUUCCACCACUGAAUACAAAUUUUUAAAAAAGGUAAUUGCAACUUUUUAUCUCACAGUUCUGAAAACUACGAGAUAUAAACUUGUAAUUUUGACAUUUUUUUUCUCAGAAUUGCAUGAUACAGUAUAAACUUGCAGUUGUGAGAAAAAAGUAAGAACUGCAAGUUUUUAUCUCGCAGUUCUGACUUUUUUCUCUAAAUUGUGAGAUAUCAACUAGCAAUUGCGAGUUACAAUGUCAGAAUUGUGAGAUAUAAACUUGCAAUUAUUUUUUUUUCUCAGAAUUGAAUGAUAUAAACUCGCAGUUGCGAGUUAUAAAGUCAGAAUUGUGAAAUAGAAACUCACAACUCUUUUUUUGUCAGAUACCAAGUUCAUUUCUCACAAUUGUGACUUUUUUUCUCAGAAUUGCGUGAUAUAAACUCGCAGUUAUGAGUUAUAAAGUCAGAAUUUUGAGACAAACUCACAAUUCCAACUUUUUUUUUUCUCAGAAUAGAGUUUAUUUCUCGCAGUUGUGCUGUUUUUUUUUCUUUCUCAGCAUUGUGUCGUAUAAACUUACAAUUACAAGUUAUAAAGUCAGAGUUACGAACUCGCAUAUGAGAGUUAUUAAGUCAGAAAUGUAAAGUAUAAGCUUAAAAGAAGCUUAUAAAAGUCAUUAUUUUUGUUAAAGUCAAUAAAGUCAUUAUUCUUAAACGUGGUAGUUGUGUUCCUGUCUAUGCAGGGACCGAAAGCUCUCGGGUUUCAUCAAAAAUAUCUUAAUUUGUGUUUUUAAGAAAAAUGACGGUCUUGGGGGUUUGGAACGACUAGAGGGUGAAUAAUUAAUGCCAGAAUUUUCAUUUUUGGAACCAUCCCUUUAAGCUAAUUGUAUAAAACAGGUAAAAAUAGUCAGUUUCCACACACAAAACUUACUUUUUGUUUUCCAUGCAAAUUGAAAUGUCUUUGUUUAUACAUUUGUAAAUAUUAGUGUUUAUCUUUUUUGCAGUUGCAGUCGCAGUUUUUCCUUGUUAUACAAAUCUUUCAAAAGCUGACUUAAAGCGCAUCUGUUACAGCAGUGUCUGUGAAUGCACAUGCAAUGAAAUAUUUGAUAUUGAUAAUACAUUGCUUUUGUACUGCUUAAACAUCAACAGCAUAAGCGAAAAUGAAUUUGAAAUUGAAUUCGAACCUGUAACUUAUGCAAAUUUGCAGCAUCAUUGCAUUAUUCCAUCAAAGUUACUUUUUAUUGUUACUCUUUCUCAGGGUCAGCUGGCUGGCGCUCACUUUGUAGCAUUAUGCUUGGCUUGCAGGUGUUUUUUGAGGUAUUUUUUGCAUGUGGCGAAUACACACUGAUGAUGUAAAUUGUGGCAUCUCUCAACAGGCUAACUUGACCAUGUGAACCAGGCAAACCUUGACCUCAUGGUGUAGACAGUGAAAAUCGGGAAGGAUAUUUCUGUUUCUGUUUUGGGGAAGGAAGAGGUUCAGUUGCAUUCAUCAGGAAACAUUUUAAGCAAUAGUUUUAAUAUGCAGUAAUACAGAUUUCAAUGUCAAA